AUGGCCAAGCCUGUUAACCAGACCUCCUCGCUUGGAGACGAGAAGCGAGACGUCGCCAGCACCGAUUUUCAAGAAGACGCGCCCCCUGCCGUGGUCGCGGCCGCUACUGCCCACGAGAUUGCCCACGAGGUCGAUGAUGGCAAAUACUCACCCUGGACCAAGUCCAUGUUUUACCUCUACGCAGUGCUCUUUGUUGCAUACUGCUGUGGUGCGCUGAACGGUUAUGACGGAUCACUCAUGGGUGCGCUUAACGGAAUAGGCUCGUACCAGCGGACGUUCAACAUGAAAACCUCGGGUUCAGAGACCGGUAUUGUCUUCAUGAUGUACAACGUUGGAUCAGUUUGCGCCAUCGCUUUUACGGGGCCCGUCAACGACCUGCUCGGUCGCCGUUGGGGAAUGUUCAUCGGUGCGCUCCUGAUUAUCGUGGGCACAUGCAUCCAAGCUACGAGCAAAGCCAUUCCGCAGUUUCUUGGAGGCCGAUUCCUUCUGGGUUUUGGUGUUUCUUUUGCCUGUGUCUCCGCACCCACAUACGUGAGCGAGUUGGCUCACCCCAAGUGGAGAGGUACUCUGACUGGCCUCUACAACUGCAUGUGGCCCGUGGGCGCCAUCAUCGCUGGUUGGGUAGCAUAUGGCGCAGAGCAAAUCCCUGGUGACGACGGAUGGCGGGUUCCUGUUUGGUGCCAAUUGAUCACUUCCGGAAUCGUUAUAAUCUUUGUGUUUUUUCUACCCGAGAGUCCCCGAUGGCUUGUUGCCAACGACAGACACGAGGAGGCAGCCAAGAUCCUCACGGCCUUGCACGGAGAGUCAGACCCAAACCACCCCAUCGUACAGCUACAGAUGAAGGAGAUGAUGGCCCAGAUUUCCAGCGAAGCCAGUGACAAGAGAUGGUGGGAUUACCGAGAGUUGUGGGAUACUCACUCUGCUCGUAGGAGACUCAUUUGCGUUCUCGGUAUGGCUAUUAUGGGACAGGCUUCAGGCAAUUCUCUGUCAAGUUACUAUCUUGUAACCAUGAUGAACACGGCUGGCAUCACAGACAGGAGUAAGGUCCUGGCCCUCAAUGCUGUCAACAGCGUUCUCGGUCUGCUCGGUAGUCUCAUCGGCGCCCGCCUUACUGACCGCGUUGGCCGACGACCACUCUUGAUCUACAGCAUUCUCUUCUGUUCUAUGACUUUCGCUGUCAUCACUGGAACGUCCAAGAUGGCCGUCGACGACCCCAGCAAUACCAACGCUGCAAACACCACGAUUGCUUUCGUCUUCCUCUUUGGUAUCAUUUUCUCUCUGGGUUGGACUGCCCAGCAGAGCAUGUAUAUCGCAGAAACCCUCAGCACAUCCACUCGUGCCAAGGGUACUGCCGUCGGCAACUUUGCGUCCUCGGCCAUCUCCUUGGUCCUCGCAUACAGCUCUGGUCCCGCGUUUGAGCAGAUUGGCUACUACUUUUAUCUGGUUUUCGUCUUCUGGGAUAUCCUGGAGGCUGUCUUCAUCUACUUUUUAUUCCCAGAAACCAACCACCGUACGCUUGAAGAACUGGAGGAGGUAUUCUCUGCACCAAACCCAGUCAAGAAGAGUUUGGAGCCUCGUAGCGCAUCAACCGUGUUGGACACCAUGAAGGUCGCCGAUGAGAAACUUGGAUAUGUAUAG